AUGCUGCUCCUGGUUAAGAUUUUGACCCUGCGAUUCGGGAUGCAAAACGAGACGGCGGUGGAUGGUGCGAUGGAUUGGGUCUGGAAUACUACAUUGGCGCCCAGCACUGUUUAUCGACGGCCUGAGAUGUUCUACAACAUUGUCAAUAUUUCAAAGGUGGUCCCGCUGGAUUGGGCAAUUCCCCUCUACGGAAAAGUUAUGCCACUGCUCGUCGUCGUUACCACGGUCACGAACUGCUUCAUCGUGUUGGUCCUCUCCCAAAAACACCUAAGAACACCGACGAAUGCGGUGUUGCUCGCGAUGGCUGUUACGGAUUUGCUGACCGGUUGGACCUCGAUCCCGUGGUUCGUGCACUACUACUCUUUAGGCGGCUAUAAAAUUGAUGAAUGCAAGUUUAGAAACAUGAAAAUUAUACAAAAACGUUUAGUGUACGGCAUGGACCAAUUCUGGUGUUACGGUCAUAAAUAUUUGUCGGAUAUAAUACCAUCUAUACUCCACACGACAGCCACCUGGCUGACCGUAUUCCUAGCCGUCCAGCGCUACGUCUACGUUUGCGUACCGAAUUCCGUCCACCUCUACUGCACGCCGAAAACGACUCGAGUGGCUAUUUGCUCGAUUUUGAUGCUCUCCUCCGUAACAGUCAUGCCCGAUCUGAUGGCGAAGCAAUUCUCACAUUUCAUCUACUUUGAUCAGCAUCUCGGGCGACAGAAGCGGGCCUGUCGAUUCGAAUAUCCAAAAUGGGUAGAAGUGAUCGGAAUGGUAACGUACUACACGGCUUACCUAUGGAUUCGAGCUAUUAUGCACUUUAUACCUUGCACGCUGCUUUUGAUCUUCACCUACAAACUCGGUCGUACCAUCAAGCGAGCAGAGAUCAGGAAGCGCUCGUUUAUUCUGAAUCAAGAUGGCUCCGAGAGGAAGCAUUCCACAGUCUCGAAUAAUCCGGUGAGUUGCAGCGGUCGCAGUCUGUACGCGACGAAUCGGAUGCUGUCGGUCAUUUGCUCCGUGUUUCUCAUACUCGAGAUCCCGGCCUCGGUUGCAUUCAUCCUGCAAUUUCUGAUCGGAUCCGGUUGGCUGGUAUCUUCGCAGAAAGACGAAUUGGCGGGAUUGCUGAAUCGGUUGAUGAUUAUACGCAACCUCCUGAUCGUGCUAACUUCCCCGAUCCAGUUCAUCAUCUACUGCUCCAUGUCCGAGCAGUUUCGGAUCACAGUCCGCCAGCUGUUCACUAAACGGCUGCUCUUCGUUGCACAGGCCCAAGCAACAUUCCAUGGCGGAAAGAGGUAUUCUCUCAUUCUGGUCGACGUCGACUCAAUCGAACGGCGGAAUGGGGGUAGCAAGCGCAAUUCGAGGGCUAUUGUCAGCUGCGCGCUCAGAUCCCUUGGCAAAGCCGGCAGACGCAUUUUGACCGGCGGGGAAACGUCGAAUUUCACCUCUCAACCGGCCCCAAACGAACCACGCGAACCAGCCGUAAAAGUGGAGUACCCUGAAUCGGGGACACAAGAACGCCGGAAAAUCGGGAAGGUGGGACGACAGGUGUCGUUCAAGGAUCGACCGCUGGAUCGGAAUCGGGAUAUAGAUUGCCCUUCCGCGUCGAUCGUCACCAAAGAAACGUCUCCAGGAAAUGGGCGCCGCCUUUCUACCGUAAUCCAAGAACCAGCAAGUCCAGAUGCUGCGAUUACCCCACUAGUUCUCGAUACCGAAAGUGAUUCUCUCUGGAGCCAGCCGACCACCUCGACCCUGGUUUCGGAGCGCCCGAAUGGAGAUAUCCCAGAGAUUCGAAUUGAGCUGAAGGAGUGCUCGACUUCGAAUGAAGCGCUCGCAGAGGAGGACGUCGAGCAA